AUGCUGCUUCGCUUUGGGCGGGUAGAGGAGGCUGAAGCGAUGGUCAUGGGGACAGUGCGAGAGACGCAGGAGCAGCAGGAGGAGACGGGGGAGAAGGAGGCGAAGGGGCAGCAGGAGAAGGGGCAGAAUGGGCAGCAGGGGCAGCAGUUAAAGCAGCAGCAGGAACAGUGGGAGAAAAUCCAUCCUCCCCCCAUCCCCAUUCCCCACCGUGUCUACUGCCAACUCAUUGGCGCUCUGGUUGGCACUGGCAUGGGCUUGCGAGCACUUGCUGUGUUUUCCAAAAUGAGGAAAGAGCAGGGCCAGGGGCAGAGCACUGGGCAGAGCAAGGGGCAGAGCAAGGGGCAGGGCAAGGGGCAGAGCAAAGGGCAAGGCAAGGGGAAUUGGAAGGGGGGCGGCACAGAGUGGGGGAAAGGUGGGGGAAAGGGGGGUUCCGAACGGGGUUUUAAGUGGGCGGACAAAGGGGCUAGGAAGGCGGGGGAAGGGCGGCCUUCUUUGGCGUUAUGCCACCUGGUGAUGAAGGGGUGCUUGAAGGAGGGCGGGCGGGCGGGCCUGGAGGGAUGCAACGUGCUGGUGGAGGAGAUGUUUGCGAUGGGCGGUGAACUGAAACCCACUCCGCUCACUUUCUCCUUCCUGAUCCGUGCAAUGCUGCAAGAGGGGGAGCUGAAGGGAGCACCUCGCGUGCUGCGCGAGAGGAUGCCGCGCAGAAACUUGGUUCCGCGCCUGGAGGACGUGCAUACAGUCAUGAAAGCCCUGCUGGGGCAAGGCAAGGAGGCGGGAGUGGCCGAGGCGAUGAGGAUCAUGAAUGAGAUUCUGGGAGUGAAGGGGGAGGGGUGGAGGAGGGAGAGUACCUUACAGAUGGUCAAACCGAGCGAGCUCACCUUCCGCAUGCUCAUCCUCGGCCUGUGUCGCGAGCGCAACCCCAGCAAGGCCGUGUUCUACCUCACUUGCAUGAUGGACGCGGGACUCAUGCCCGAUAGACAGCUCUUCCGCGCCUGCAUGCUCACACUCUCUGCUCUCGGCAUCACCCGCGAUGCAUUGGAGUUGUUUGAGAUGAUGCGCGGGACGAGGGGCACUCGGGUGCUGAUAGACACAGACAUGUGCGUGCCUCCCCGGCCCCCUCUUCCAAAUCAUCCCUCUCUCUUCCAUGUAUUCCCGCUCUCAUCCCUCAACCAGGCAUCACCCGGCACGCAUUGGAGUUGCAUCACCCGCGAUGCAUUGGAGUUAUUCGAGCUGAUGCGAGGGACGAGGGCCACGCGGGCGCUGAUAGACGCAGACAUGUGCACGCUGCUGUUGGCGGCGCUGGGCAAGCGAGGGCUGGGGCUCGAGAUGAAGCGCGUGGCAUCACUCAUGCGGAAGAUGGCAAUCCCUCACAGCAGCGAAUCGUAUGCGCAGCUGAUCAUGGGGUAUGCACGGGCGGGCAUGUGGGGCGAGGUGGAUGCUCUAGUGGACGAUAUGGAAGAUCAGACCAGCAAAAGCACAGCUAUCGCCGCCCCAACUGCUGUUGCUGCUGAUUACGCCUCCAUCUACGUUGGUGUUGAAGAGCUGGGGAUUGGAGUUGAGCCAACAGUGCGCGACAGCCUGGCGGUGUGCAAUGCGCUGAUGAUGGCGUAUGGGAGGGCCGGCAGGAUGGAGCAGAUGGAGAUGGUGGUGAAUCGGCUGAGGGUGCUGUCGCCAGAUGGCACGCUGCGAUUGGAGUCCUAUAACGCUCUCCUGGAGGUGCUCGCCCAUCGCUGCGCCUUCUCCUCUACUCUCGUAGAGGUGUAUGUAACCCCCAACCCUCACAUCUCCUCUCCCAACUCAUCCCACGUUCUCUCUCACCAGGAGUCCCACAACGCUCUCCUGAAGGGAUUGAAGGAGGAAAAAGAAGCAGACAAGGAGGGCGAUGCAUACGUGGAAGGGGAUUUGGAGGACGAGCAGGAGGGAGUCGAGUGGGGAGGAGAGGAGGCAGAGGAGGAGGAAGAGGAAGAAGCGGUGAAAAGGCUAGUGGCAGCAGCACGCGCACAAGGGCUUUUAUUCUCCCCGCCGCAUGCUGACAGACUAGCAGCAGCACGGGCACAGGGCCUCUCAUUCUCACCCCCGGUUUACCGCAUGCUGAUAGACGUGAAAGGCCUAGUGGCAGCAGCACGAGCACAGGGCCUUUCAUUCUCCCCACCAGUCUACCGCAUGCUGAUAGACGUAUUGGGGAGGGGGGGACGACUGGGGGAGGCGCUACUGGUGUUGGAGGAGCUGAAGAGAGUGCACCCGGGGCAUGGCAAUUUGUCUGCUUACAACACUCUCUUGUUGGCGCUACAAGACGCCCAUCCAGAGCACAUGUUCGCAGUGCUGGCACUCAUGGCGUCUCAGCGCGUGCUGCCCAAUCGCAACAGCCUGGGUGCCAUGCUGGCAGCGUGUGAGGCUGCCAACUCGCCACGUGGCGCUGCCAGGGUGUACCUCAGCGUGGUUGAGACGUGGCGCGACGGUGUUGGCCAGGAGGGAAGUGGAGGCGGUGGGGGGGAGGAUGGGGAGGAGUGGGAGGGAGAGGAAGGGGAGGGAGGGGGCGAGGUUGAUGCGAUUCUUAAGGCUGUGGAAAGAUUUGCUGUGUUCUGGGGCGUGGGGUUACACGUGCUGGCAGCAGCAGGGGAAGAGGAGAGAUUGGAGAAAAUAGAAGGGCUGUUGGGGCCGUUUGGGUUUCAGAUGGAUAUGGGUGUGGGUUGGGGUAUCAGCAUGAGUAUGCUCUAUCCUGCACGGCCGGUGCUGCGGUAUGAAGGCCUCGGCGAGGAGUUCAGUGCGGUGACCGGGACAGCGACAGAGACAGCGACGCUGCUGGGAGAACAGCAGCAGCAGCAGCAGCAGCAACCGUUCUCCUUUCGAUGGUCCUCCGACAUCCAUUCUAGCGAUAAGAGCGAUGAGAGCGAUCAGGAUGCUGGUCAGGCCCUUCCCUACACCUACUCCAGCGACCUCCUUCUCCUCUCCUCCCUCCUCUCCAUCCACAUCGACCGGGGGAAUUUCGACGAAGCCAUGCACACCGCACAGUUCAUAGUCAAUGAGCGCCUAGACGAGUACCUCUUUAACGAGUACAUGGAGGAGGAUAAUAGAAACAGGGAUAUUAGGGGAGGAGAUUCCUACAGAGGGAUUCAGGGAGGGAGUGUGCUGCGGAGGGCCGACCCGGCGUUUUUCCCUCUCGUGAUUGGGUUUUUCCGGCUGGCGAGGAUGAUACCGGUGGUGGAGGGGCGGACGAAGCAGAAUCUGUCAGUGCUGCUGCUGCUGCUCAUGUCGCAGGCUGUGCGGUGCGGGGCGCCGCCGCUGGUGUCCGGGUUUCUGGUUUCUGCGUGGGCUAAGGCGAAUCAGGAGGAAGGGGAGUCUCCUUUUGUGAGGGAGGAGGGGGGAGGGAGGGGAGGGAGAGGGGGAGGGCGAGGGGGAGGGGGAAGGGGACGGGGUGGGGGAGGGAGAGGAGGAGGGAAGGGGAGUGGAGUGAGGGGAGGGAAGGGGAGGAGAGCGGGGGGGGAAGGGCAGGGGCAGGUUAGUAAGGGGUUUGGAGGAAGAGGGUUUGAGAGUGAUAAGAAGGGGUCUGAGAAGGAAAAGAAGGGUUUUGGAGGCGUGAGGAGGCCGAAACAGGUGGGGAGGGAGAAGGAGGGGGAAAGGGUGUAUUUCGGGGCGGAGCAAGCAGGAGGGGUGGAGGGGUCGGGGAGUGAGGGAGAGGGAGAAUGGGUGCUGCUGGCCUCUAUGGAAUGGGAGGGUAGCAAUGGCAGUGGCAACGAGGGUAGCGAUGGGAAUGAGUAUGAUACCAGCAGCAGCAGUUCCGCUAGACGGCCACGUGCUGACGUGGGUCCCGGCAGUGCUGACGUGGGUCCCGGCAGUGCUGACGUGGGUCCCGGCAGUGCUGACGUGGAUCCCAGCACUGCUGAUGUGGCAAACAAGAAACCCUCCAGCAAGGAAGACGCUGACCUGGACGCGCUCGUGGACGACAUAGACAGCAAAGCCGACCCGGCAUUCAUGCAUGUCCCUCCGCGCAUCCUCGCCGAAUUCCGCUCAUUCCUCACUCUCCCGCCCUGCCCCAUCGAAUCCUCCCGUGCCGUUGCCAACGCCAUUAUCGAUACGGCCUACUCCCUGAAUCUCACUCAAGCGGCUGUGGAUUUCUUCUAUGCUGCGAAUGAGGCUCGGAUGUUCCCGGACCUGUUCCAGGUGGAACGGGAUUCGCUGGUGCUGUCGCUCAGGCUCGUUUCACCAGCAGGUGCUGAGUUGAUAUCUGCCGGAUUUUUCUGCCUCUGGUGUGAUAAAUCUGGACCGUUGCAGUCAAUGAUCCUGCGUCAGACUGGUCUAGAUUCUCUAGACGAUUUCCGGCUAGCCGAGGGUUUAAGGGACCCAAUUCUGGGGUUUAGGGACCCUAUGGGGGGGACUGGGGUGGGUGUGGGUCUGAGUCCUGAGUUUGAACUGCUUGAGAAUUUGUCGGAAAUGGGGCAGGCGAUAGGGGGAGGAGGUGGGAGGAUGGGUGUGGGGGGUGGUCGAGUGAGGGAGGUGAGGAUUGAGAUUCCUGGGGAGGAUGAGAGGGUGUAUGAGAGAGAGUUGGUGCGGAUGGGAGUGGGGAAGGCACUGACAAUGUUGGAAGUGCCUGGGGAGGUGGAGGGGGAAAAGGCAUGGGGGUGUGUGUGGAGAUGUGGGGUUGAUGAAAUGGAGGCAUGGGGGAAGUGGUUCAUGAAAAAGCAAGGAGUGGAGGAUCCCUCCUAG